CACUUCUCUGCCAGCUGCGAGGGCGGUGAAAUUUGCCCUAUUUCUUCAUAACAAACGGAAUCUCAACUUCCCUUCUCUUCUUCUUCUUCUUUCUUCCUUCUUCUUCUUUCUUCCUUCUUCACACUUCCUCAUUCAAAGUGUCCGUCAUGGCUGACGAGGCUUCUUCCACACGUCCUGGUGUCCAGAGCACGUCAUUUGUCCGUCGUAUCCCUUGCAAGAGAUGCCUCAACCACUACGCGCAGUAUCCAACGAAGAACGAAGAAGCCAAUGGUACUCAACUUGUGGCUUGUUGCGAAGAUUCUAGCGCCUCUGACAAAUGUACUCGAUGCAGACAUGGCAAUAGGCCUUGCGAGAAGAUUGACAAAGCUUUUAUUGCUGUCGCCAAGAAGCUUCACGAACACGCCCAAGACAAGUUCAAGAAAUACCAGCUCGCAGGUCGCAAGGCUCUUUCCCAGAUGAAGAAUCGAUCUCGUGCUCGUAACCGCCGAACUAAGAAAGACAAAGUCGCAAUGAAGGAACGUGCUCGCGAGGCGCGUGCUGUGACUGAUUUGAAGAUUCGCCUUGAUAUGGCGAAUUCGUUGUCUGUCAUUGCGAAUGCUGCUGCUAGCUUGGCCUCUAAUCGUUGGCAGACCGUGGCCCCCUAUGACCGUGAGGUCGCUGAUAGUUAUCAAGGCGUUCUUGAUGACGAAGCUGAUGAGAUUGAGUAUUCUGAAAGCGAUUCCGACGAGAAAAUUGAGGAACAGGCAUAGUAAUUGCUUUCUAGCAUUUAUAGUAGCUUCAUGGGGAUUACCAGGGCGUUUUAAUAUCCUCUUCUAAUGGGAUUUCAAUAGAUAGCUGCGCUUGCGCAUCUAAUACGUAUCUAAGUCGUUACGACUUCACUGCUAUAGUUGUUCCUUUAAUGUUGUG